GUUGCCUUUUUCUUUGCUGCCAUCUUUCGUCUACCAAAAUUCGAUUCAGGUAAAUUCUAAACAAAAUGAAUAAUUUGGAAUAUGUGACGAAACGUAUUGCCUGCUUCCACUGCGAACUUCACACGAGCUUUGGAUACUUCAUCAAGGCCGCCACAUGCAUGGCCUUUGGUGUGAUCCUGGGAUGGAUCAUGAGUCUCGUCGCAUUGGCCAUCUAUAAGAUGGCUCUGGUAUUCGGCGCCAAAUCUAUUGAACUGCUCAACGAUGACGAGGACGAACCCGAUGAGGAUGAGGAGAUGGACAUGGACAUGGAACUGCUGGAAGUGUAUUGGCCAGUGGAUCUUAGGGAACGGCAGCGUGAUGCAUGGCUGGAGGCGUAUUCGGAGGCACGGCAGCAGCAUCAGCAUCUUCUGCGGGAGUUGGCAGCACUGAACCAAUCAACCUUGGCGGCCACUUGAAAGUAUCUUUCAUGCUCGUCGCUCCUCUCCAGACAGUCUCGAGUGGCAUCUACAAAGGGCGCGCAACAGAGACUUUCUUUCCUUUGUUCCAUACUGCAAGAAGACACCAGCAGCGAAAUCAUUAGCACAAUUUGUGAACCAUCGACGCGAUGGCUUCAAAAUUCAAUUACCCUUCGAGGCCCCUCUGUGCCCCCCAC